CUUUUCAAAUUCCGUGCUGAAGUGACAGAUGAGCACAAGCAGAAGUUCGUGACAGAACUCAAGAAGCUCAAAUCAUUACCAUGUGUCAAAGAGCAACGACUCGUGGUCGGCGGAGCGUCAAUUACCGACCCCAUUGAACGAAGCAAAGGUUUCGAAUUCGCUCUUCUCAGCUUCCACGAGGAUAGAGCCGCGCUUGAGGAAUAUCAGAAAUCUGAUGAACAUCAUAGCACAUAUAUGUUCCCUUACAAAGAAGAUCUGAUGAGAUACGACUUCGAGGUUGAUGAGGCGGAUGAACAUCUCUUGGGAUUCUUGCCUCUUGCCGCGUCGAAGGUGGCU